GACGUCAGUGUCACUUUAAGUUUUCCUCGACCGGACGAGAACAUUUAAAAAAUUUAAUAAAACUAACCCUAAUUUAUUAAUUGUUAAUUAACGUUAUCGAAUACAAUCAAUCAUACGUGCAAUAAUUUAAAUUAUGAUUAAUUAGAUUUUUUAUCACUAAUCAAUAAACGGUUACGUACUUUUUUAUUUUUGGUGUUACAUUUCAUUGAUUGUAAAAUAUCAUGACUACAGUCGUAGAAAUCAAAGGGUUUGAUGAGUUCGCAAAAUAUGCUGAAAACAUUCCCGCGAAUGACCCCUUAGUAUUGUUUUACUUUAGCGGCUCCAAACUGCCAAACGGCAGUAGUUGGUGUCCUGAUUGCGUUGAAGCUGAACCAAUUAUCAAAACAUUUCUAACAGAAGUCAAGAAAGAUGUAAAAUUUGUUUAUGUGGAUGUGGGGGAUAGAGAAUACUGGAAGGACAGAGCGUGCCCGUUCAGAACAGAUAGUAGAACAAAGCUCAUGGUAAUUCCAACUCUAAUAAAAUGGAAGGGAGUGCAAAGGUUGGAGGGCAGCCAGUGUUGUAACCGGGAACUUCUACAGAUGCUGUUUGAAGAUGAUGACUAAUCAGUAAUCAUCAUGUAUGAAGCUUAAACUAGAUGUAUGUUCUACUAAGACAAAGAAAACAGAAGAGAUAUAGUAGCCAAUGUUUCUCCUCUGAGUCUUUCUGUUUGUACUCUGCUAGUAAGUUUUUUUAAAGAAAAACCUUCAUAACCCUCAUUUGCACGAGAGUUUUUUUAACGGACGUUAAAAAGCGUUCAAAUGUAGUAUGAAGUUAUAAAAAGGUCUAUUUCCAACGAUUAAUAUUGAAAAUGCAACACUGCUCGAAAAAAAGCGGCGUGUUUUAAAAACGUUGUCGUGUGAACAUAUAUACUUGGGAAUGCAUUUGUUUGAACGCUUAUUUAACGUCUGUUAUAAAAUCUCGUGCGAAUGAGGACCAACAGAAUGUGGAAACUACUGUUUUUUUUAAUCUAUCAACAAAACUGAUUAAUAUCCAAUUAAACCUUCGAAACUUCAACAUAAUAUAUUAAUUGCCAUGUUUAAAAUUAAAUAUCCUAUUCAUUUUUUUAUGGUGAUGGUAAAUUGAAUUUUUUUUAAAUUUAAUAUCUUUGCAUCAAUGCAAUGUAUAUGAUAGUCAUUAAGAUAUUUUUGUAAAUUUAAUUAUAAGAUUAUAUUUUGAAUAAACAACAUUUAAUAAUUUCCAUAA